UAAAAGGGUGUGUUGAUACUGAGUUGGAGACAACUUCAAGACACAGUUUCAUAAGUUGUGAGCUGACAACCGGACCAGGUUAACUACAUUAUUCAGCUGGCUGUCAGGCGGACUCAGUUUUCCUCAAGUCCUCAGUCUGGUGAAUGGAGAUGGAUCAGUGCAGCAGCAAAAGCAGAGUGACUGUGUUUCAGUACUUGUUUGGGAGUUGGGCCACCCUGCUGAGCCGCUUUUAUGAUGACCCCAAGGUAGCACAUCUGAUGAAAACAAAGAUCGGGCAGUACCUGAGCAGCCACCCUUUCUUUGCUCUCACGGUGAUGCUGUUUGGUGCCAUGUCUGCAAUUCCCGUGGGAAUGUUCCUCUCUUUUGCUCUUGUGACCAUUAUCAUGUCUGCAGUUGGUUUGGUUUUCUUUGAAGCGUUCCUGUUGUUUGUAGGAGGGACGACUCUGCUUGCUGUGCUCUCUGGCAUCGCCCUCUUCUCUGUCAUGGUUUCAUUCAUCGUUAAUGCGCUUUAUUUCACCAUCUCCAACAUCCCCAGCCGCUAUAACCCAAAUCUGACAAAGCAACAUGAUAUCCAGGAGAAGGAGAGUGAGGGUGAAACUUCAAAAACGAAGGAAAUGUAAAAGCCUGAUUAUUGUUCUCUCUCAAUUGUCAACUGUAUGUGGAAAGGUUUAAAAUUGCUUUGUGAACUGGCACCAUAAAUGAGCACUACUGAAGCUUGGUGGUUUGGAUUGAGACCCUUGAAUGUACUGUAUGUAACAGAUUGUGUAAGCACAAAGACUCCCUGAUGGUUACUGUAAGUCUAAACCCUAAAGAUUAUUAGUACAUUGUACUAUGUGUCAUUAUCUCUAUGUUUACAUGUUAUAUAAGUAUAACAUAUCACAGCCAAACUAUGUAAUAACUAAUAUUGCUUUAUUAGUCCUAAUACACACAGAAUAUUUAUUGAGUUUUAGAAAUGAUUGUGUAUGUAAUGUAUGUCUGCAGCUAUCUGAUGCACAUGCCUGUUACUUGUUUGCUGUUACCUUUAAAAGAGCUCGAUGUUGCACAUUUGUGAUGAAGCUUUGAAUAAAUGCACAUCAUGAUAAACAA